AUGGCGCAGGAAAUGCAAGCCUCCGUGCAGGUGACUCUCAUGUUCUGCGAGACCAUUCCAGCGAUGUCGCAAAUUCUGGAGAAGGCAGCCCCCGGGCCCAGGGAGCUAUGUAGUUCUCGAGGACUUGAAAGCCAGAGUGCAGAGUGUUCGCGCUGGCGAACAGGUCCAAAAGGACUAGACCUCACACAUGCCAGACUUGUGGUUAGAAAACUGGCAGAAUUCCACGCGUCUUCUGUUGCUCUUGACGAACAGAACCCAGCAGCGAUGGACAACUACAAGAUCUUCCGACUGUUCGAAGGGCCCAUUGCCUGGCGUAUAAGGUCCUUCUUGACACAAGGCUGCAAAUUACUUGCAGAUCAAGUGGAGACGUCAGAGCAAUCGUACUCCAAGUACGCACCCAAACUGCGAGCUCUCUCAGAAACCGUAUUUCCACGCCUGGUGGAGAUGUCCAACCGAGAGGGAAAGUUCCGCGUGCUAGCUCACGCUGACACCUGGGUCAACAACAUCAUGUUCCAGUACUCUGGCGGAGUCGUCCAGGACGUGAUUCUACUCGACUUCCAGGUGUCAGCGUACAGCUCGCCUUCGAUCGACUUACAAUAUUUUACUCGCACGACUCUCACGGAACAAGUGUACGCCGACCACGUCACAGACCUUCUGAAGGAGUACCACGGCCACUUAGUCGAGGUGAUGCACGACACUGGUGUCAGUGCAGACAAACAGAUGUCCUUCGAGGAGGUUCUGGAAGACAUGGAGGCGCACGCGCUGUUCGCAGUUUUCGGAUCGGCGGCAGUGCUACCAAUUGUGCGCGUCGAAGGGGAAUGCCAUUUUGACGUGGAGGCCUCUAUGAAUGGAACUGUAUCUGAUAAAAACAGGAAAGCCUUUGCGGGUGCGUCGUACAUGAGAGCUAUGAAACAGAUACUCCCAGAAUUUGAAAAGAAAGGCAUGUUAUAAAGUUGGUAACUGUCCACUGUUACUCAAAACAAAUACAAGUAUUUCACACGACUAAAAAUAUUAUUUAA